AGAUGGCAUGAUUGUCGAGAGACGAUCGGGAUUUCGAGUCUUGCACCUUGUAGGCAUUUCACGAAGUAACGUAAAGAUUCUCGAGAGUAAAAUGUCGCCGACAGAUUUAAUUUACCUAUCGAUGUUAGUAGGAGCGAUUCCGCUCGGUCAUUUGGUGAAGAUAAGCGGUUCGCCGGCACGAAAAGAGUUCCUCUGUAUGGCCGCCGGAAUAUGUCUCUCAUUGGCCCUUGUGGGUCGAGGAAUUUUACAUUCUUUUGUGGCCGCUGCUGGAACUUAUUUGAUAGUCAUUUUGCUUGGUAAAAGGUAAGUCUUCUGCUCAGAAAAUAGUCUAAAUGUCUUUAUCUAUAAGCGUGUCUGGAAAAGAAUUUACGUAAACGCCAUCAGUAACUGGUAUUGCUGUGCGCUCGGGACUUGAGGUUAAACGCCGCUAAAUUUGGAUGUAAUCAAAAUUUCCUGCUCUCAUAUUAAGUGGUGUGGUGUGGUUGUCAUUAGGCAAAAGUAAAGUUGGAUGAAGAUUAAAUUGUCUCAUACUCAAACUGAAAGUGAAAUCUGUACACGUAAGCUGCAGUACAAUCUCAAAUACAUGUAUUGAUACUGUGUUAUGAUCAUAACCUUUCAACUACUUUUUGUAACCUUUACUAAAUAGGUCGACCGUGCACAAGGGGAACUGAAAUCUGGGCCCCUUCGGAGAGUGCUACACUACUUGUGUGAAAGAAAUGUAGUUAAAUAUGAUUAAAUUGGUGAUAAAGAAAGCGUCAGAUUUUCCUUUUUAACAAAAUUAAUACAAAAAAUGCUGAGAUCCUAGAUUUUUUGAGCGAGGCUGAAUGAAAGUUUUAACUCAAGACCAUGCUGGCCAGCUGUCUCUCGCAGGGUGCCCUAAUCCCAUUGCAGGGAUUUAUGGGUCUUUUUAUACCCAUUCCUCAGAGUUCAGGCCAUUACAUUCGCAUGUCAUUGCCUGCCGUGGCUAGUGCUUUCAAAUUGUUUACUGCUCCCUACCGUCCCCUCCCCUUUAUGGUAAGUAUGUGGCAGUGAGGUUUCACUGGUUAGCAGUGUGGCAGUGUGUGGGUGAACACCACCCUCAGGGUUGUCAAGUUUACGCUUUGCACGUGGCUGCAGUUGAUGGCUGCACCGGCCUCAAAGGCACCUCCCCCGACACUCCUCUCAGUUGAUGAGUUUAAGAGGCUGUAGAGUACGUCUUGCCUUCUUGCAACAAUGAAAUCCAAACAGUAGGUUCUGUCAAUAUUUUGGCCACAGAACAAAGUUAUUGCCCUAAGGCUUGCUAAGGCCCAUGUUCUAUAAAAUGCAGCACUUCACGUGCACUUAGGCUGAAUUGAGCUUGCAUCAUCUGAAGUGCACUGUGUAGUGUUCAAACCAUGCCUAUUCUAAAAUGUAAAUGCUUUUAUCUUGUUUGUUGUUUUUUAUUGGCAUUUUACUUUCAUUGCAUGUUGUUUUUAUUAAAGAGGUUGUUUCUAGUGUCUCAGGAGCUAUGUCAUGAUGUUUUGGUAUUACUUUGAAACCCUAAAAACACAUUGGAAUCAAAGAAAACCCUGAAAAUUAAUAAUGGUUCAUUUUUUAUUUAAAAUUACUACUUUGCAUGUACAGGUGUACAGUGUGUCUCAACUUUGAGGCUAAAUUAGGCUUUUAGCCAGACAUUGAAAACUGGCUGUCGAGAAGGCAUGUUUUCCCAUAAAAUUAUAAGAGAUUCAGAGAAUUUUCCUCGUAUUUCUUCCAAAAAUGGCCGUCCACAGGACGGCUGGACACCUUCUGGCUAAAAUCUUGGGCUAAAUACAAUUUUACAUCCUUUUAUCGAUGAUUUGUGCAAACUGACAUAAAAAUCAUUGUCUAAGCAGAGUGCUAAACUUAGAGUUAGUGGGUCCUAGGAAGUCGUUUAUGUGGAGGAAAGAGAAAGUCUUCAAGCAUUCUAUUGUAUAAAAUUUACAUUAUAGUAUAUAAUAACCUCCAUUGUUUUUUUUUCUUUAUAAUUUAUCAGUAAGAAUUUCAUUGAUUUGACAGAUUUAUGGAGAAACUCCUACGUAGAUAAAUGCAUGAUGAGGCCUCAAAAACAUUGUUGACAAACCUGUAGAGAAAUCUAUUUUCUUUUUAUUCUUCAGGCGCUGUGAGUGGACAGCAUUUUCGUUUGUGUUUGGAUACCUGUUCUUUUUCCGAACCUGUGCAUAUUAUGGAUUUGAGAAGCCUCCUCCUCAUAGCAAUGCUAUACAGCUUCUGAUUACUCUAAGGGUAAUUUAUUCAAUUUAUUCUUUAUAUACAUGAUAUGUACCUAAUGGGGUGCAACAAAAUAUUUCCCAGUGGUACAAUACAGAUUGCAAUACAAGGGCCACAAGACAAUAACGUAACCUUUUUAACAUUGUGUCAAAUUUUGCAAGUGCCACUUCUAUUUUUUUCACAUUUCUCCUGUUUGAUGUGUUUCAAAGUGGUCGUAAAAACAUUUUGCUAACUGUCGUAAAAAAGCCCAAGCUGUUUUAACAAAUCAUUUUGAUGACAAGUAAGUAUUAUGAUGUAUGUUUGUUCACCAGCUUAUCCAUCCGUAGUCUUGAGGAAAGAGUUGUAAGAAAAAUAAAGCUGGAAGAAUGCAAGGCAGCCUAAAUGGUUUGCUUUUCUUUUGUCAUUUAUUCCAUUAAAAGUCACCUUGCAGACCUCCAGUUUGUGAGAAAUAUUAAAAAAGUGAUUUCAUAAUUUCUUCAACGUACAGAUGUAGCACAUUUUUGUAUUGUACUAUCAUGUUAACUUGUAAUCAUGCAGGGGUUUUAUUUAGAAGUGGAGCUGAGACUAAGGUACCAGCACCAGUGUACAGUGUACAUGUAUGUGAAAUAGAAAAGUCAAUGCCAAUCCAACUUUCCCCACCUACUGAAACUCAGGCACCCUUUUACAGCUGUACUUCAAGAAAUAAUGAAAACCCUGAUUGUAAAAUUGCAGUUCAUCAAUGCCUAGGUACAUCCUUGCAGCCCUAAUGUAUUGUUGUCUAGUUUUUAUCACAAUCAUCUAUGGCAGUCUAGUCAACUGGCAAAUUUAGUUUUCCAUUGCAAAAUAUAACACUGUUGUGCAGUGUUACAUGUAAACUGUGUUCAAAAAAGCAUCAUAUGUAAUAAAAAAAAAUAAAUGUUACAGAAAUUUAAGAUCACAACUCAGUCUGUCAGUCAGGAAAGAAAAAAAAAACCUUUAAAUGCCUCCACAUGUACCUGCUUCCAGUGUUUUUUGGGACAAUGUAUAAUCCCAACUGAAAAACUUUAGCAUCCACAAACUAUAUCAUGUAGAGCGUGUGCGACAAUCAAGGAAGUUAGGGAUAGCCCAUAGACAAUAAGUGAUGCUUGAUAAGCACAUGCUAUGCAGACCAGCAUAUACCUGUACUUGUUCUGAGUGUUUGAUGGCCUCUGCAGCUUGUGUCAAGAAGUAGUGGCUCUAACUGGAAAAAUAGAUGCACAUACAAUUUUUUAAUUACAUGUAUAAAAUAUUAAUCACACAUAAAAUUUAAUAAUAAUUAUGUGAUUUGUUAUGGUAAUAUUUUUUAUUGUUCUCACUCAAAUUGUCUUACUUUUGCAGUGUUGUACAUUUCCUUUUGAGGCUUUUGACACAUCUGAGAGUGGUGAGGAAGAUUCCAAAAAGGCAAAGCUACCAUCUUUCUAUGAGUUUCUUAGCUAUGCUUACUGUUACUGUGGACUAACAACAGGUCCCUACUUUCGAUAUAAAACUUUCAAGGACAUGCUCAAUCAAGAACACCCAGAAGAGAUCUCCACUGUCAUCCCUGCCAUGAGAAAUCUGAAAACCAUGCUCUUUUAUGGUGUGAUCUAUUUGUUCUUAAAUGAGCAGUUUCCCAUUAGUCACAUUGGAAGCCAGGAGUACAUUGACCAUCCUAUGGGAGUAGUGUACCGUCUUCUAUAUCUUGUGCCAGCAUUUAUUGGAUUUAGGUGGCGUUUCUACAUAGGCUGGCUCUUAGCAGAAAGUUCUGCCAUGUCGCUUGGCUUGGGUGCAUACCCAUUUUACACUGAUCCUAGACCUGGUCUAGGUCCAACCAAAUCAGCACCAGAGGAAAAUGGCGCAGUUACAGGGAGUGAAACAGAUCAGAUUGAGCAAAUACACCGAGAUACCCACAGGUACCUUAUAUAUCUAGAAAUACGUGUACAUGAAGUCUGUGAAUUUUUAAAAUGUCUAAAGGAGCUGUCACAAAUUUUAUCAAAAUUCUAACAGUAGGAACUGCCACCAAAUUGAGUGAAACCUAAAAAUAAUCACUCAGAACAUUAAAAAGAAGGUAGUUAUAACAUAGCAAAUACAAAAGAAGGCACAGAUGCACAAACUUCAAGAAGAUUAAAGUUGAUUGCAAUUGGGUUUUUGAAAAUUUGUUAGCUUAACCAUUUUCAAAAUUUUAUUUUUGUUGUUUCUAACCUUUGAGUUAAUGCUUUAGGAGAGAUGUUUGUUUGAAGCAAAGCUAUGAUUUUGUCAUUUAUAAGUCUAGGUCCUUAGCAAAAAAAUAUGCAUUAUUGGCAAUAUGAACCCAAUGAACUACGUAUAGACAGCCAUGACAGAGCUCCCUUAAACUACAGUGAAAAAAGUCCAGGCCUCUUCUAGGAAGAGACAACCAGAUGCCACUAACCUGCAAUAAGGCGGUUUUUUGGGGGGGUGGGGAGCGGGGAAGCCUUUUCCCCUCAUCUUCCUAAGAAAAAAGGAGGAAGGACUGCCCGAUUACAUGGCAGGUUAAGAUGCCACUGAAUCUUCACUUUUUGGGUGGUUAUGCUUAUUGAAGGUUUGCCUGAUCAGUUCUAAUAAUUUGAAAAUAAUGAUACAGUACAAUCUUUUUUUUUUUCAAACUCCUGAUAAAUCAAAUCUAUUUACUUUACCUCAGUUAGCUAAAGAACUUGGAUUCCUCUGUAUUCAACCUCCCAUGAGUGAUCAUGUAAAAUGCGAAGAUUUACUGGUUGCUUGUGAAUUUUUUCUGUUGUAGGCAAUUUCUAAGUUAUGAUUAAUAUGCAAUAGUUCUAUGUUGUUUUUCAAAUUACUUUGGAUACUUUGAGAAGGUAGUGCUUGCGGUGAGCAUAGAGAUCAGAUCAUGAGUCAAGUAGUCAGUUACAAGGGGUUUAAAACAAUGGAAAUUAUGAAACCAUCACCCCAAAAAGUGAUCACAGUCACUUACAAAAGGAGGUGAUUUAUGAAAGGUUCCAACUAUAGGGCUUUAACUAGGAAUAAAAAUUAUUGUUAUUUCAAGGUUGUUUGGAUAGCUGAUCACUUAUGGGAGGUAGUUUCUUAUGAGAGGUACCUGGUUACAUAUAAAUUGUUAUUGUAGGCAGGUUCCUUUGGAACAAAAGAAAUUGCAUGUACAUGUAAUACUAUGUUCUCUGGAAGAGCUAAUGGUCACUGACAGACAUCUGAUUUCCAACAUUAGAUGGCCAUGCUUUGCAGAGCAUUGUAAGAUUACUGCAAUCUUUUUUAAAUAACAUAGUAUCGUAGAAUAAUCUCUUCACGUGUAGAUAUGUACUGUUCAGUCACCUGAUUGUGAUCGUUGUCACAUCUCGUCCUAGCUUUGAGACAAUUCACAACAUAAAAAUCUUCGAAGUGGAGUUUUCACCAUCCAUGGCUAAUACCAUGAAAAACUGGAACCUGACUAUUCAGUGGUGGAUAUCCAACUUUGUUCACAGAAAACUUCCCUUUAAGAACAGAAAUUUAAGGUAGGGGAAAUUUUUUUGCUUUCUGUUUAUUACAUUAAUUUUAUAGGGCUACAAUCCAAAAGAAGUUCAGUUGUAGAAUUAUUAGAAUGGCCCAUAUUCGUUACAUUGCAUAUUAUAAUUCUAAUAUGGCUCCUAGGCUUUCUGGUCAGCCAUAUUUCCAUAUUUGGUCUUGUUUCCUUUGUGCCCAAAGUUUGCAAUUUUGCCCAUAAAGCCGUGGAGUCAUGUUAGAACUUUAAUAUAAUUAUUAUCGAACAUGGGCCAUCCGUUAAACCAUUCUCAAAAGGUUUAAAAAUGGUCUCGUGCGUUCACAAAUUAAUACUCAUGCCUCUGGGUUCAUCCGUCAAUCAACUGUCUGUUGGCUACAGCUACAGUACAUCCAUUUAUUUGUUUAUCAGCUCAUGACAAUGAUUAAUGAUAUAAUAUCAUUUUUUGUUGGUUGGCAUGAUACACUGUAAUUAAUACCCACUAAUGCUGCAUGUACUUCUGUGAGACAAGUCUUUGUUUGUUUGUUUGUUUUUUCUAAGCCCUACAUAGUGUGCAUGAUUAUUGGAAACAUUUGAUAUCACAUACAUGUAACAUCAUAAGACAUCUCGUAGGGUUGUCACAUGGUUUUCUAAUGAAUUUGUUUUUAAGAAAUUUAAAAUACAAUUUUUGCUUGAGAUGUUGUUUUUGUUUGUGUAGAAUGUUUAUCACCCUACUUGUAAGUGCAUUCUGGCAUGGUGUUGCUCCUGGAUAUUAUCUCACCUUCCUUAUGGUGCCCUUUGUUGUCAUUGCGGAGGUACGCAUGGCAAAAGCCAUCAAACCUUACCUGUCACCAAAGCUGUGUUAUUACUAUGACUGGUUGAGCUGGUUUUGCCAUUAUCGUUCCAUGGAGUACCUUGGGUGCGGAUUUAUGCUCCUUCAACUUGAGCCUUGCAUAGCAGCAUGGAAAAGUGUUUACUAUAUUGGACAUAUUUUCAUUGUAAUAUUUAUUUUACUUCCUAUGUUUAUUCCUAAGAAGCAUGUCAGUGAUACAGAACCAAAAAAGAUGUCUUAAACAUGAAUGUUGUAUUUAACUUUAUAGAUUUUUUAAUUUCAAUAUACAUACUUAUAAUUCAUUUAAUUGAAUUUUACAAUCAAAGUCAGGUUGAGAGACUAGUGUAUGGAACAUGAAUAAAAUGGCUCAAUCAACAGAACAGAGUAUGUGAAUGUAGCAAUGAAGUCAAAAGCACUGCUGAAUUUAGUAUGUAUAUUGAAAAUGUUCUUAAAAUACCUCAAGUGUUAAACAUUCAAAACUUCAAUAUUUGAAGUACAAUAAAGUACAAAGAUAUUUUAUUUUAUUAUAUAGACAUGAGUGUUUUACUGGAAAAUGUACCACUCGUAAAAUUCAUAAAAACAUCAUCCCGGACCCGAGUGGUUUAUUUUCCAUAAUCUCACACGUGAGUUUAUCAAUGACGUAAUUUUGGUAUUUUCCCUCUAUUACUUUAUCGAUGUAAUUUUGUCUAUAUAAUAAAAAGAACAUUACAUGGCGGUUUGAAGAUAUGAAUUUUAUUUUCUCUAGGCAAAAACAAUAUUUUACGAAUGAGCUGCGCUCGUUCGUAAAAUAUUGUUUUGCCACUCGCAAAUAAAAUUCAUAUCUUCCCGCCACCGUGUAAUAUCCUCUAUAUAUUUCUACAUUUGACCUUCCAUUAAGUGGCCACCCCUGGAGUACAGGAAAGUAGCUGCUUACUAGAGGUUGGCCACUGAAUAGUGGUUUGUCAUUAGCAUAAUCGUCAGCAGAAACAUCACUUUAUGUUGAGACAAACCAAUAAUACAAGCGGCACUACCGGUCUGCAAUCAGUAAUCACCUACUACCUCGGACUGUAUUUUCCUGCAUCAAACUAAUUGUAUCAAGGACUUGAUGGCCACUUAACAGAGAUCACAACAAAAGGAGAUAGCGGAAAGGUAGCUGUAGCUACUUGAUUAAGGUGGAUUUAUAUCACUGGUUGAUUAAUAAAGGGUGACCGCUUGAAGGAAGUUCAACUGUAUAUCAGUAAAAGACGUCACUCCUCAAGCUAAGUAUUGCUUCAGAUUUCUC